CCGGUGAUCUGAUGUCCUUACGCAGCGCAGACUUCCUCAUCCGCCCCAGCAACAACAGGGACGGUUUUGUUAGCAGCCGAUUGUCGAUAAUUUUGCGACACAGCGGCGAGUGUUGAACUUUGGGCUGAUACAUGAUACAUUUUUAUGAUUGCGGAAGCCUGAAGCGAGCCGCGCUGCCUCCCUGUCGCAGGCUGCUGGAAACGAAACUUUGAAAAGGCGCAGGGCGAUCGACCUCACUAUGUUCAACUCUUUGACACCGAUUUAAGAACAAGGGAUGGACGGUGAGAGAAAUGAUGGAGGCGGAGGAGGAGAACUGGAAGUGGAGGAUGAGUUUGCGUGUGCUGGGAUGCUGCGGGGAUCUCUGGCCUCCCUGCACAGCACAGUGGAGCGGAUUUUCAGGGUGACAUUUAGGAUCGGGGCAGAUGAUUCGUCUCAAGGCAACAACGGACAGAUAUGGCUGAAACUACAAGGGAAGAGCAGCAAUGUGAAAGCUGCCAAAUUAUUUGUGAAAGGAGUUGUGAACCAGGAAGAGCAGCAGGAGGUGUCCUAUCCCGGGGUUCUUCACUGUGUCUUCAGUGGAGCCAGAGGGCUGUUCAUGGACUGCCUGAUAAAAAGCACCUCAGCACAUAUAGUGGUUGGCUCCACAGGAUGCCUGCUUAUAUCAGGUCUUGAAGAGCCAGUGGUGCGAGCCUACUCCCUUAUUACAGAUCUGGUGGAGAGGUAUGAGGGCACACAGUCCAGACGCUUUGAGACUGGUGACAGAGGCUCGGGCGAGUCUCUGGAUUCACGCCGGGCCUUCAAAACUCUGGUGGAGCAAUGGGAUGACAGGCACAUCCUGGAUCUUCUAGUGCUACCGUGGUCAGUGAAGGAAAUCCUGCUGGAUUUGGUCAAAGAAUCUGGGCUUGGAUCAAGCCCCAUCCCAGCACUGACAGAAGGAAAUGCAGGGGCAAGACCACAUGAGGAUCUGGAGGGUAGAUGGGACAGCACUACUGAUCGGUGGGUUGAAGGGAUGACUGCAGGUUCUGGGAAAGAUUCUGCAGCCAAGAACUCUUUCUUUCAGUCUUUGUCCACAUCUGCAGGCGCCCGAGGGGGGGCAGAGGGUGCUGAGGAAAGACUUGCGCAUUCUCCACAGGAGGUGGGAGAAGAGGGGCAGCUGGAGGCAGUGGCAACGUUAGGUACCACGGUGAAAGAGGGACUAGGGGAUGAGGAAGAACAGGAGAUGCAAUUGUCAGUGGGAAACAAGGAGUUCCUUCUUUUGAAGUUUUUCACAGCAAUGGGUUAUACAGACGACGUUGUGAAACGAGUCCUUGCCCGAACGGGACCUAAAGAGGCCUCGCAGAUACUGGACUUGGUUCAACAGGAGCAGGAUCGCAGUGACCGGGAGCAGACAAUUCAGCGUCCAGGCCAGAAAAAUCAAGACGGUGCUGCCUUGAAUCAAAGUGUGAGGAACCGACCUUGUGAGACUGAGCACAGAGAAAAUGACGAAAUGGCAGCAGGAGGAGAUAAGGUGGUCAGAAGUAAUGGAGAGGUGGGAGAAGUUUGUGAGGGAGAAGAGAAUGGAGCAACAGGAGGCACGAGACACUUUCAAGGAGAGGGUAGUGCCGAGGAAAAGGAGGAAGGACACGAGGAAGACUUUGUUUUGGGAGUGUUGAAGAAAGCUGCGGCCAGCUGUGGGUACAAGGAGCAGAAAGUGGCAAAAGUCUACAACAUGUUGCCUGAACACUCCACCCACCAGCUGCUCCUGGAGCUGCAGAGAGAAGGGAUUAAAGAGACGGACGCCUUUAGGGAGGGGCCGAGGGAGAUGGAUGAUGUGGUGCUGGAGCAAGAGGGACCGAAAGUUGGACCAGCAGAGAACAAAGGUAGAGGAGAAAUUGAGCUUUUUAUACCUGCAAAAAAGACCGAAUCUGACGAUGAAGGAUGGGUAAAAGUGCCAAAUCUAACUGUAUCUGUUGCAGAGCCAGAUUUGUUUCCUUGGAUUGAAAAGCCCCAGCAGCCUCCCACGGGUCAGUACACCUCACAACCUAAGCGACACCAGCCUUACAAGUCACAAACUCCACACCAAAUUAUCCUUCCUGAAGUCAAAGGGCCACCCAUGUCUACUUAUUCCUCAUCUCAUCCUCCACACGCAGAUUUCCAAACCAACAUACAACAUGGCCAAACCUACUGGCAUAAUCCAUCCACCUCAAAACAAAAUCAUACAACCCAAGACAACGUCUUAAACCCAAAGCCCCAGUCUUCAAACUCCUUAAAACGAGCACUCCAAGCCCCUCCACCCCCCAUCUUCACAAGAAACGACUCGUCUCCCACCCGAACGAGGGAAAGACGGGCCUUCAUGGCCCCUUCUUCAGUGGUAGUGACGGGGGAGCAGCGUUUCCUGGAAAGCUUGCAGACGCCCUUUGACCUUCAGCUAACAGAUGAGCCUGGAGACCCGAAACUGAGGACGAUCAUCAUUGACGGGAGCAACGUGGCCAUGAGUCACGGGUUGGGACAUUUCUUCUCCUGUCGAGGAAUCGCUCUGGCCGUCCAGCACUUUUGGGACCGAGGCCAUCGUCACAUCAGCGCCCUACUGCCCCAGUGGAGACAGAAGAUCGACCCCAGGAUCAAAGAGCAGCACUAUCUAGGUGAGCUGCAGAAGCUGGGCCUGGUCUCCUACACCCCCUCCAGGGAGGUCCAGGGCAAGAGGAUCAGCUCGUACGACGAUAGACUUAUGCUGCAGCUUGCACAAAAGACAGAUGGAGUGAUCGUGACUAACGACAACCUGAGAGACCUUUCAGAUGAGUCCCCUGUAUGGAGGGACAUCAUCAAGAAGAGACUUCUUCAGUACACGUUUGUUGGGGAUCACUUCAUGGUGCCGGAUGACCCUCUUGGCAGAGGAGGGCCUCACCUGGAUGACUUCCUACGCUCAGAGCAUAGGACUCCUGACCCUGGAAACCACUCUUUUGCCGGUGUAGCCACCACGUUUCAUUCCUCCAAACCUCCACGCUCCCAAACGGAAGUCCUGAACUUCCGCGACCGAACACUGGGUGGAGCUCUGGAUGCGGCAGGUGGAAGGGGCCGGGGUAGAGGGAGAGGACAUGGAAAGGGAUGGGACCAGCACAGGCAGCUUGAAGCUUCAGGUCCUGGACUUGUGUCCAGCGCAGACAGGAGUCCAGAGGAAACAAACAGCCUAAGAGAGCAGCUCUGUCAGGUUUUUCUGGAUCAGGACAACAUGGUGGCGCUGGUUCUGCAGUGCCACCCGGCAGAGACGGACAUCAAUGUGCUGUCUGAUCUGAUCUUGGAGCAGCAGAAAGACUAGAUAUUUUGUCUUCGCGUUUUCCUUGGGUUGAAUCAAACUUACCUUACAUUGAAUUUUUCCCUGGUUUACGUGCUGUAGACCAAAGCAACUACAACAAAUCACACUGACCAAACACUGAUCUGCAUUAGCAAGGACUUUACAAAAAGACCCAAUUAUCAGAUGAGUGGUGAAACUUACUGUUGACUGUCCACCCCACACAUAAUUUAACUAUGAUGUUUAGCAUUUUAGGUUCUUUUCUUGUGUAUUCCCUCCCAUGUUUGCUGUUGCUCUCCACUGUCAACUGUCUAAUAAUAUAAAAAAUAUAUAUUUUUAAAGUAAUUUUACAUAAUGGAUUAGAGUUACCCAUACAUAUAGAUAAAAAAAGAUACAUAGUAUGAGUAUGAUUCAGCAGAGCAUCUAAUGACGCUAACCUUGUUCUUUUUUCAGGAAAUUAGAUUUUAGAUUUAUCAAGCAAGGUUGGAUUAUAGUUUUGUCUUCAGUCUAGUUACCGGAACAAGCAUGAAACCGUAAAUCCUGCUUACUUGUUGUUGGAGACUGGAACCAGACCAGCUUUGUCAAACUUUCCAUCAAGGCUAUUUGACCACUUUUCAAAUCAAAGUUAUCCAAAGCCAUCUUGACUCCUCCUUGACCUUCAGUGGCCUCGGCUCAUCGUCCCCCAUCUACCUCACCUUCCUCUUCUCUGCCUGCAUCCCUCACUUCUCCGUUAGCAUCCCAUGUUGAUCCUAUUCAGGAGAAAGGACCAAAUUGGAAGAUAAAUUAGGCUAGAAAAGACAGGUGGAAAGAGAUUCAAAGAGCUGCUAGCCAUGGUCACUAGGAUCCAUAAGGAGACGGACCAUUUGUUGGGAGAAUAACGCCACAGAAUUAUUCCCUGUAAUAAGACAAUAACAAAUAUAGAUAUAAACAAGCACCUAUAUAGGCACAAAUUGUAAAAUCAUAAUUAUCCACCUUCUUUGUCACUUACAACAAAUGGGAUACUUGCCUCUGUAGGAAUGUUCCCUUCAAUCUUCACAUAAAUAAAGAAAAAAGUCCAAGAUGAUGGACUCAAAGGUGCUGUAGAGUAGAGACAUCCACCAGGUGUUUAGCCAUGAAAUAUCUCAGCAACUAAUGCCACGACAUUUUGUAAAGACAUUCAUGUUCCCCAGGAGAUUAAUCCUAAUGAUCCACGCCAUCAUGACGUUGACAUUUGUGGUUUUGUGUAACAUGUCUUAACAAAAAUUAUGUUGACUUUUCCUCUAGUGCCAUCAUCAUGUCAAGAUUUAACUUUGUCCAGUACUUUGAUUAAUGACCAAAUACCAGCAGGAAUUAUGAAAUUUCACGUGAGUCUCGGCGUAUGGUGAAAAUUACAUGCUAAGCAUCAACAAGCAUUUUCAUUGUGAGCAUGUUUGUAUGGCUGCAGACUCUUGUUUAAUGUCUUUUUACAUGAGGACCAAAGCGUUAUGAUGCCUAUGAACCAUCCUCUUCAGGGUUGGCUCAACGGUUUGAGGUCACGGUUUGAUAUUGGUUGAUUUUCAACCAAUCAGCCAUGUUAAUGAGAUAAUUCAUUCUCCUUGUGUUCUCUUUUACUGCUUGAACAGGGACUCCUCUUUGGGAGAGGGUUAAUAUCUUUGAGAAAAUCCUUUUUAGAACAAGAGCAAUAUUUAAAAUUUUUUUGUUGUUGUUGUCAUUCUGAAUUUAUUGUAACCUGCUAAACUUCCUUAACAGUUUUAUUGCUACCUGUUUGUGUGGAAACUAUUGCAGAAAAUAAGGUGUGAGAUGCACAUGGUUAAUUUUGAGAAUAGUGGUGGAUAAUUGUUGUAGGAGGUGGUUUGGGUAAAAUGUAUACAUUACCAGCUGUGAGUGGAUGGAAAAAUAGUGAAACAAUCGUUAAAGUAUUCUGUACACUCAGUUUUAUAUUUAUAUUUAUACUGCUUUGAGGGUAAGAUCACCAUCGUUCAUCAAUUGUCAGAUAGAACAACAUAAUUUGUCUUGUUUAUUUAUGUGCAUUUUAAGAUUUUGAUGCUGAAUUCUACCUAUGUUUUCUGUAUUAUAAGUGUUUCUUGAUUUAACGGAUGAAAAAAAAAUAAGUUGAAGUUGACUGUUUGUCUUUUAUGUGUUUCUGUGGUACUCUCUGCCUUUAAAUAUAUCUCUAUAUUACUUAUUCCAGUUUUCUCUGUCCUGGAACCAGCGCAAAUCAAGAAAGUUUGACAUACAAGGCAAAACCCACUUAUUUAUAAAACCAUCAUCAUCAGAGUUGAGGGAACUAAAACAGUUUAGUGGUGGAGUUUAUAGGGGUUAUCACCAAGCCUGUUGGCAUUAAUUUGUUGAUUUUUAAGUUUAAAAGACAAAAACGGGGUCAUUAAUUGUUGUCUAGGUUACAUAUAACCAAUGUGUCAGCUACAUUUGAAGCAGGUCCUACAUACAAUAUAAUAUACAUUUAAUAUAAAAUAAACAAAAUGUGUAGACAGUAAAAUGCUUUUGAAACAGCAGUUGCAUGUAAUCUAGAUGAUGCUUACUGGGAAAGAUCUACGUUACAGGGCUAGAAAUAAAGUUAAAAUGUUGAAAUAUACACGCACUACAGCAUAAGACGGGCAGACAGGCUCAGCAGGUUCAAGCUGGACAUGGAUUCAUUAGUAGUAGUUUGAAUACCCAUACACCUAGUUAUAAAAAAUAUCUACUAAAAUAAAUAUCUACUUUAAUAAAAAAUAUAUAUAUAUUAGUAAAUCUAAACUAUAUGUCUUUUCAUGUCCAACGAUUGACAGCCUUGCACCAUCAGAGCGUUUUUAAAUCUUUCUGACUCAUGAAACUUUUUCACAGCAGACAUUUUGACUUGUUAUAUAAAGUGUAGUUUAUAACAUCUGUUACACGUGUGUUGACUGGUCAAAAUAUCCAUGUGUGUGCCGUGUCCAUUCAACUUUAGUUUCAGUCCACAUUUUAGUGGAUGGUAGUCAGAUGUUGUGUUAUUACCAUACACGCCAUGUAUUCAGAAUAUGAAUCUCUUCUUUUCUGUCUCGUGUAAGCAGGCAUUUAACAAUAAAUUUACCUUUGAAUGAAA